AUUGAGUUCACCUAUAUAGGUCGCGGAGGCGAUGAUUUCAACUUGGGUCUAAGUACGGGGCUGUUGAGACGGCAGGCUUUACUUCCAGCUCUAGUAUUCGAGCCAGCAAUCCAGGGUUACAUGCUUUACACGUGCAAAAACUAUGUUUCAUAAAAUUACUUAUAGCAACACGGUGCUGUGCUAAAUUUUCAGGAUUUACAAAAAGAUCAGCUGGUAUGGAGGAGGAAUGUUUUGCAAUAUGCGGGAGUUUUAUUCACUCAACGGACCAGGCAGCUGUGGAGACAUUAAAGAACAAAUGUCUUGGAGUAAAGCACGGAAAGAUCGUUUUUCUCGACGACACUGAACUUGUGCAAGACAGACUUUCCGAAUUUGGAAUACCAGAGGAAAAUGUUCUCAAACUGAAAGAGAAACAGUUCGUGAUCCCUGGGUUUAUAGAUACGCAUAUCCACGCCCCUCAAUAUCCUAACGCCGGGAAAGGACUGGACAUGGGAUUGUUAGAAUGGCUGGAAAAAUACACGUUCCCGACAGAGAUGAAAUUCAAAGAUCUGAAAUAUGCGUCCUCCACAUACAGGAGGGUUGUGAGUCGAGUGUUAAAGAAUGGGACAACCACGGCUUGUUACUUUGCAACCAUCGACACUGAUGCUACCCUCUUGCUUUGCGGUAUUAUAAAUGACCUUGGACAGAGGGCGCUGGUAGGAAAGGUCAACAUGAACCAAAACUCCCCCGAGUAUUAUAUGGAACAUUCAGUGGAAGAGUCUAUUUUAGAGACAAGAAGGUACAUCGAGACUAUAAACAAGAGAGAUUACAAAUAUAUAACUGCCGUCGUUACUCCGCGUUUUGCAAUCUCAUGUUGUGAGGAGUUAAUGAAAAGGCUUGGUCAACUUGCGGCAGAGUUUAAUAUUCCAGUACAGACACAUAUCUGUGAGUCUCGUGCAGAAGUUGAGUUCGUGUCCAGCCUCUACCCUGACUGCACGAGUUACGCGGAUGUUUAUGACAAAGCUGGUUUGUUGACAGACAAGACUGUACUCGCCCAUUGUAUUUACCUGACGGAAGAUGAGAUAGAACUCAUCAAGGAAAGAGGUAGUGCGGUGUCGCAUUGUCCAAACUCUAACUUAUCAAUAAGGAGUGGACUGUUAGAUGUACAGAAAUUGCUACAGCAAGGUGUACAAGUCGGACUUGGAACAGAUGUGUCCGGAGGUUACCAUCCGUCAAUACUGGACGCCAUUCGGGUGGCGGUGCAUGUGUCAAAUUCACACGCCAUUAUAGCAGCUAACGGGUACAAAUCACUGUCAGUGAGGGACGCUUUCAGAUUAGCAACACUAGAAGGCGCAAAAGCACUAUCUCUAGAUACAGUCGUGGGUAACUUUGAAGUUGGAAAAGAGUUCGAUGCAUUGUUGAUUGAUCUUGAUUCUCCGGACUCACAUGUAGACGUGUUUGACGAAGACACACUGGAAGAUUGUCUUGAUAAGUUUCUUUAUACAGGUGAUGACCGCAAUAUACGAGCAGUUUAUGUUGGCGGAAGAAAAGUACUCGACGCUGAAAAUACAUAUACACAGCGAAACUCUUUAAACAACGGACUUAAUGGACAUUAAUAGACAUUUGUAGUGUUUGUAUAUACAUUUUACAAAGAUUGCAUUUGAGGAAACAACAGAAAAUUGUGAUAGUGGAAUUUCCGUACACAGACUACUAUAAACAUGCAUAUAUCACAAGGCAAAAUGAAAUGUCAUUAUAUCAUUUCAUUUUCAUGUUAUGUUAUGAUAUCAUUCGGAACGGAUAUACAAUAAUGUUGGCAAGUAAAGUAACCCUCUUAAAAUAGUCAGACUACGAGAAACAUACCAACUGUACACCUCUUUGUCGUUCAGAGGAAUUUGAUAGCAUACUAACAUUUAACAUUUAAAACAUAUUGUUCUGGGUCGUUAUAUCAUAGGUUGUGUUAAGGAAUUAUUAGAGUAGGCCAGACAGGAUUUUCCCGUGUUUUUACAGAUGUUGGAAAAACUCGUCUUACACCCCGGGGUGCAAGAUGACUCUUGUGCCUUAAUUUAUGAAUGGAUGGAAAUUUCAUACGCUGCUAUAACAUAACAAUACUUAAAAGAUAAGCAUUUGUUUUAUUUUAUUGCUUCUAUUAAUUAAAGAAUACGAUAUGCAAGAAAAAGAUUAUAUGACUAGUUGAAGAAUCGGGCUUUUUAGUAACUCUUUUGCUUAACUCGGCAGAGCCUUGUUACCGUCUGAACAGUCACCCUAAAGCCAGAUAUUCCCAUCCACACCAUCAACCAGUGAAAGAUUCUUAUAACGUGCAAAGUCUCUCAUAGCAGUUUAAGCUGGGCUCAAUUAUAAUUAUACAUGAAUAUUGAAUGGACCCCGAUUUUAAACCAUCGUUUGAGACUAAUACUAUUUUAUAUCAGAUGACCAUAUUGGUUAGUACGGCUGCUCAAGUAUUCAAGUCAUAAGGAAUGGGGUCCAAGAAGGCAGUGAACGAGUCUGUAUUUGACUUUACGAUGAUGUAGUACUUGUUGCUUAGAAUGAAACUGAGGUACAAAUGUACUCUGUGGUGCAUUAUGAAUUCAAUGUUUAUAAAGCUAGAUUAAAGCAAUAGUGUACACUUAGGACCACAGUCAGCUAAAAGAACAGAUUCUGUUGUGAUGAUCGUAUUUUAGAAAUCGUAGGACAAAAUAUUACUUAGUUCAGUGGGAAAGCGUAAGGAAAGAUGAUCAUAGUAGAUCUUUAAUAUUUUGUGUAACUAAGUUGCAUGUUUUUACACUGUAUGGAGAAUGUUUUAAAAUAAAAUAAUAAAUAACAUUUUAUAUAUCUUA